AUGAAGUUCUCCUCAAGCAUCGUUGCCUUCGCUCUCGGAGCUCUCUCUCUUUUUGAAUCUGUUUCCGCUGUCGACCGACUCGUCUCGAGGCAUCACCAGGAAUUCGAGAAGCGCGACUCUGGUUUUUCGAACGGCGGGACCGAAGCUAAUAGCGGGAAGACUGCGGAUGGCAAGUUGAGGAAUAGAAACAACUACGAACUUUCUUUCUACCACCUAAACGAUGUCCAUGCGCAUCUCGAUGAAUUCCGUUCGAGUGGAUCUUCGUGCACCGACCCCGCCAGAGGUUGCGUUGGAGGAUAUUCGAGGGUCAAGACUGGUACACUAUACUACACUCUCUUCAAGGGAGAGAAGAUCUCGGAAACGCUCAACCAACUGGGCUUCGAUGCCAUGACGCUUGGCAACCACGAGUUCGACGACGGCGACGAUCUGCUUGCGGACUUCCUGUGCAACCUCACAUUCCCCGUCAUUUCGAGCAACAUCCACACCAAGAACCGGAAGCUGGACAGCUCUCUCGCGCCCUACAAGAUCUUCUGGAAGCACAACCUCGCUCUCCUUGCGGUCACCACCGAGACGACGGCGUCGAUUUCGAACCCGAGCAACAAGACGACGUUCGAGGACCCCGUCGCCGCCGCCAAACGCACUGUCAAGUUUAUAAAGACAUUCUAUCCGAGCAUCAAGCGCAUUGUCGCCCUUACACACAUUGGCUAUGACAAGGAUAUCGAGCUUGCGAAAGCUACGACUGACAUUUCCUUGAUCAUCGGCGGCCACUCCCACACGCUGCUCGGCAACAUGUCCGGAUCCAAGGGUGCGUAUCCCACUAUUGUCGAUAACGCUGCCGGUGAUGAGGUCUUCGUUGUGACGUCGUACCGUUGGGGCGAGUACCUCGGCUACAUCGACGUCGAGUUCAACCGACAGGGCAAGAUCGUCUCCUACGAAGGUGCCCCCGUCCAUCUAACCAACGCCACCGCCGAAGAACCAAAACUCAAGGCCCAGGUCAAGGAAUGGGCGAAGGCCUUCACCGCCUACUCGAGCACGAUCCUCGGAUCGACUGAAUUCCCCCUCAUCCAGUCAACCUGCCAGCUCGAGGAGUGCACCCUCGGCUCCUUCACCGCCGACUCGAUGGAAGAUUACCGCACCACGGCCGACGCCGCGUUCAUCAACGCGGGAGGCAUCCGCGCUGAGAUCGACGCAGGAAACAUCUCGCUCCAGCAAGCCUUGGAGUGCUUCCCCUUCGGAAACAGUUUGACCGAGGUCACCUUCACCGGCGCGCAGCUGUGGGACAUCUUCGAGGGCAUUGUCUCGAAGCAGAGCCUCGCGAACGGGCUGACCGUCACGAGCUUUGUCCAGGUCUCGCGCAGCAUCCGGUUCACGUACAACCCCGCCAACCCGAUCGGCUCGCGCCUUAUCACGUUCACGAUUAAAGACGCUCCCGUGGACCUCGCCAAGACGUACACGAUUAGCACCCUUGACUACCUCGCAACCGGUGGCGACAAUUUCUGGCCGGCGCGGUCGGAUUUCGUCACUUUGGACACGAUGGACGAGGUGUGGGCCAACUAUGUCAGAGCCAAGUCGCCCAUCAGCUAUACCCUCGACGGUCGUAUCUCGACGACCACCGAGACUGUUCCCCAAAAGGGAGUCUCUGGAGCCUAA